CUUUGACCCGUGUACUCUGAACUCCUCAGCAGAUCGACGUGUUGCAUGUAAACUUGCUGGAACUGAUGCCACUACAUGCUGAAAGCACAGAUGCAAAGAAGUUUAGAUAAACAAAGAUGGGAUUGUUUAGCUGUCGUAAUAUUGGUAUAUUCUGGUCAUGUAUAGUUCUAGGUGUGUCUUAUUUCCUCUACACUCCUGUUCCCAAUGGUUUUGCAGAACCAUGGAAGCUACGAACAAUAUUAGCAACCUUUAAAGCUGUUAGCCUUCUGGGAGCUGUCAGUGAGAAGUUAGGAUAUGAUAGUAGUUUGAAUGUAACUAGAAGAUUUGUCGAACUUUCUGUUGGUUCAGAAAUUUUCUCUAAAAACGAUCCAGAAUUGGAGGUAACAGAUACAUUAUUUGAUGGUGUACCAGUCAGGAUAUAUAAACCAGUGAAUAUUAAAACACCUGCAGCAGGUCUGGUGUUCUAUCAUGGUGGUGGAUGGGUUUUGAUGAGUAUAGAUUCCUAUGAUAUAUUUACCAGUUUUUUGGCUAAGAAAGCCAACAUUAUAGUUAUAUCUGUUGAGUAUCGUUUGGCACCAGAGCAUCCUUUUCCGAUACCAUUUGAUGAUUGUGUCACGGCUACCCUUCAUUUAUUACAAAAUUCUGAAAAAUAUGGUGUUGAUCCAAACAGAGUAGCUAUUGGAGGUGAUUCUGCUGGUGGAAAUUUGGCAGCAGCCAUCAGUCAACGUCUGGCCAUUGAACCAGAAUCCUUUGUUCCGAAAUUAAAACUUCAACUCCUUAUAUAUCCAGCCCUUCAAGCGACAGAUUUUAACUUGCCUUCUUAUGUACAGAAUAACGGCAUGGGUGGCGCUAUUACCAAAAGAAUGAUGAUAAGAUUUUGGAUGAAUUACAUUGGAUUAAAAAAUAUCAGCGUGGACGAUUAUUACUUUAUGAAUAAUUUUCACACGUCAUCUUUUGUGAAGCAAUCUGAAUAUGGGGUUUAUACAAACGUAUCAUUAUUACCGUCAAAUAUUCAAAUUCAAGCGUUAAAAUUUGAAUAUGGUGAUGAAGAUAUAAAUUAUGAACUUGCAGCAAAAAUUGAAGACAUGAUUUUAAAUCCCUACUUUGCUCCGUUAAUGGCGCAAGAUUUGAGUAAAGUGCCGCCCGCUUAUAUCCUGAAUGCCGAAUUUGACAUUUUGCGUGAUGAUGGACUUUUAUAUGGAGAGCGGUUACGUCAAGCAGGGGUCAGGGUACAUGAGAAUAAUGUACGACAUGCAUUCCAUGGUUUUAUUACUCCUAUUGGUCCAUCAGAGGCUUUACGAUUCAAUCUGGGGUUAAAAGCUUUAGAUGAAAUAUGUCAGUAUUUAAAACGCAAGUUAUAAUUAGAUAUAUUUCAUUACUCAAGUUAAAUCAUUUUUAUACUAGCAAAAAUAUGGUACUUGAACAAGGAAAUGUAUAUAGAACAUCAGGUACCAUUUCUCACAUAAAAAGGGCGACCCACGUUUGUAUUUGGCAGCUAAUUAAUAUAUGCUUUCAUAUUCCACUGAUCUCUGAGAAUUACUCAAAUCCAAACUAUUUUUGGGAGUGUGAUAAGAAAGUUUUCCUUGUUCAAACAGCAUAUUAUUGGCAGUGUAAUAUCAAGAUCAGUAUACAUGAAUUGUUUCAAUGGCAUUUAGUUAUUGAACUGUAAAUACACAUGCCACAAUUCUAUGGAAUAUAAUUACUGUUUAUCACUGAGACACAGGCCACAAUUCUAUGGAAUAUAAAUACUCUUUAUCACUGAGACACAGGCCACAGUUCUGUGGAAUUUAAUUAGUUUAUUACUGAAACCUGAUUCUAUGGAAUAUAAUUACUAAUUAUUACUGAAACAUGAUUCUAUGGAAUAUAAUUAGGUUAUUACUGAGACACAGACCACGAUUCUAUGGAAUUUAAUUACCGUUGAUCACUGAGACAUGAUUCUAUGGAAUAUAAAUACUAAUUAUUACUGAAACAUGAUUCUAUGGAAUAUAAUUAGUUUAUUACUGAAACACGGACCACGAUUCUUUGGAAUUUAAUUACCGUUGAUCACUGAGACAUGAUUCUAUGGAAUAUAAAUACUAAUUAUUACUGAAACAUGAUUCUAUGGAAUAUAAAUACUAAUUAUUACUGAAACAUGAUUCUAUGGAAUAUAAACACUAAUUAUUACUGAAACAUGAUUCUAUGGAAUAUAAUUAGUUUAUUACUGAAACACGGACCACGAUUCUUUGGAAUUUAAUUACCGUUGAUCACUGAGACAUGAUUCUAUGGAAUAUAAAUACUAAUUAUUACUGAAACAUGAUUCUAUGGUAUAUAAUUAGUUUAUUACUGAAACACGGACCACGAUUCUAUGGAAUUUAAUUACUUUUUAUCACUGAGACAUGGUUCUAUGGAAUAUAAUUACUAUUUAUUACAGAGUGACAUUUCAAGCAAUAUGCCCUGUGUCUUACAGUACAUAUAUAUUAUUCUUAAAGUCAUUAAAACAGCUGAUUGACAUGAUCAGAACCAGCCCAUUUAACGUCAGAUAUCAACAUUUUUAUUUUAAAACUUGCCUAAGAGUUUGCUCAAGUAGAUUAUUUGUUUGUGAAGGAAACAAAUUGUUUGAAAAUAAGAUUUCUUGUUAGGUCUGUAAAAAGAGUACCUAUGUUUCCAGUUACUUGGCCAGUCAGUAACAGAAAUUCUAUUGGAGAAAAUCUGCUGUAGAAAUUUGUAUGUAGAAAGUUUGAUGUAAAAAAUUGAUAGUAGAUACGAGAAAUUCUGUCGAUGAAAGUAGAUUCUGAUGAUAUAAUGUUGAAUAGUUUGAUGUUCUUUCAAGUUUAAUUGAGAAGUAUAUUAAGGCUGGUGUGAUCAGGACUAAUAAACUUAUAGAUUUUUUUUUUGAGAAGUAUAUUUAGACUGGUGUGAUCAGGACUAAUAAAUUUAUAGAUUUUCUAUAGAGAGAAGUAUAUUUAGGCUGGUGUGAUCAGGACUAUUGAGAAAAGUAUAUUUUUUUCCUUCCUUUUUAAUAUGUUAGUGAAACUAAUCUUCUAUAAUAAAUUAAUAUUUUAAUUUUAUAUAAUUUGAUAUAUACAAGUUAGUGAGAGAUUAAUCAGACUUAUUUUUUUAAAAUAUGUUAUGUACAAAUGUACUAAAUUGUAUGUUAAAAAGAAAUGAACUGAAAUAGGGUUUAACGUCCUACUGUUCUGCACUGACUGCCAGUGACUGGGUUAAUGAAGACGGACAUACACCAUACAGUGUGCUAUUAGUGAAAUUUUUCUCAGACAGCCUAGCUACAGCCUACUCUUACCAUGAAUUCCAACAGUUAAGGAUUCUUUUACACCCAUUUCAAUGUGUACAGGGGACCUUGGUUUUUCGUCCCAUCCGAACGACUAUAUGUUGUUAAAGAGACAUAGCACUGGCAAUAUCUGUCUCAAUUACCAUUUAUUCUACCUAGUUGUAUUGAAUUUUAAAUAUAGUUUGUAUCCAGGUUUGUGGGUGGGGCGGGGGGGGGGGGGCGAAAGGUUAGCGUGUGUGUGUGUUGCAUCAUAAGGUCUGUCUUUAUUGAGUCAACUUACGUGGUUUCGAUUCUCCGGUUGUACGUGACAAGGAGUAGGGUCGCCUGUCCAACUUCAUCAGUUUUCUCCGGGUCCUCCAGUUUCCUCCCACUGCUAAAGAUCCCUAUGUGCAAGUGAAUUAUUGAAAUAAAAUUGAACCAUAUGUUAGUCCUGAAAUUACCUAGUUGUUUGUGUCAAGCGGAUGUUAAACCCUAUCUCUGUCUGUCUCUCUCUGUAAAAGACAGAAUGAAAGGUGUUUGGGCCUGACCAGUGACCAUGUCUGUGACAGGUGAGCCUGGUUUUCUGGUUUUAAUAUAAAUAUGGAGUGAAUUAUUAAAUUUACAUAAUUUAUACAUAAUUUAUAUAUAAUGAUAUGUACACAGUCAGUAUUCAAUAUGGAGUGAAUUGUUAAAUUUGCAUAAUGAUAUGCAUUUAUGAUAUUUUUAAAUAUUUACCUAAAUUUAUAUGAUUUAUAUAUAAUGAUAUGUACACAGUCAGUAUUCGAUAUGGAGUGAAUUGUUAAAUUUGCAUAAUGAUAUGCAUUUAUGAUAUUUUUAAAUAUUUACCUAAAUUUAUAUGAUUUGUAUAUAAUAAUAUGUACACAGUAUUCAUUGUGGAGUGAA